AUGCCCAUCGAUCGUGAAGUCCCAGGCAUCGACGCCUGGGUCGAAGUCAACGGCCAGAGAGCAGAGGCUUACGACGACGACGACGUGUCCUCCCGAGAAGUGAACGACAUGCCGGCUAGACAUCAGAUCUUCAAGUACAUCGAAUCCAUCGAUAAUGCAUCCUUUACCGUUCAGGUCCAUAUGAGUAGAGAGGUCGCCCAGCAUGCCCCACCACCGUGCGACACUGUAAUUGGGGAGCUCUCCGUAGAUGGAAAACAUGUUUCUUCCAAGUGCGCCUCAGUUCGGCCAGGCCAGGGAACUAUUGACAGGCUUCGAUUUGACGGCAAGAAAGUCGAGUCGUGCUCUCGUCCUGGAUAUGUCCACCUUCUCAAGUUGGUCUUCUCUGCCGUGUCGACAGUGGACGACACGGAUACGGCGCGCAUUGCGAGUGACCUUGAGGCAGCGAAACAUUUGGGACUCAUACAGCUACGCUUCUUCGCUGGUGUCGACAUAGGCUAUACGAUGGCGCAGAGGCCUGAUUCGACGAUUCCUACCAAUACGUCGGAGUUGUCUGAGAAAUCCCUGAAGGGCAAAGCUAUCUCCCAUGGCACAUCAUUUUCUCAUGGGGCGGAUUUGCCGGCGAGCCGCCAUGUCAUGGUCGACUAUGUGCUCGGCCGUCAAGCCUUUGCUGUGAUUAACUUCAAAUACCGAUCUCGAAGGGCUCUUCAGCAGGAGAUGAUCCUUCCCCGCACUCCAUCACCCGAUCCAGAACUGCAAGUUCUCGAGGGCAUGUCGACCGAGCAGGUCAGGCGGUUAGCAGCUCAACAUCUCCACUCAUUACAUAGGCCGAGCCGGGUUAAAGAAGAGAACCAAGCGGUGGCGAAGACGGAGCAAAAGCCCUCCGUCAAGCGUGAGAGAGACGAAGUCGACCUUACAAUGCCGCCAUCCCAGCGCGAGUGGAAAUAUACCAAAACAGCGAACGGAGCGAGGGCAGUAGACCUCACCGAAGAUGACGACUGA